AUGGGCAAGGAAAUUUUGGAUGCAGCAAAAGAUGCAUACAGUAUAUCUGAAGGAAUUAGAUCGAAUAAGGAGAAAGUAGGCAAGAUGACGUUGGAAAAUAAACGAGUGCUGUUUUACUUAUGUGCGAAAGGGGCUAGUGAAUAA